AUGGCUAGCAAGGCGGAGAAAAAACUAGCAGCGGACCUUCUGACGAGACGACGAGCGUGUGCCGAACGAGAUGUGGUGGAGAAGUUCGUAGCGGAUUUCACCUACGAACGAGAUUGUUGCCAGGUUGCGGUACGUUUAGAGGCGCUCAACAAAUGCAACGAGUUGUUCAUGAACGUGCAGAAUGACAUCGAAAUGGGCGAUAGCGAAGAACGGUUCGAGGCGCAUCUGGAGUUCCGGGCGGAUUUCGAGGAUCGGUUUUGCAGAGCGAAAGGUUUUUUGCUGUCUAAACUGGAAAGCAGGGAGCAUCUUCUGAGUUCGACGAUCAUGCACGCAUCGACUUCUCAUAGCAUGUCUUCCAGUUUCCAUCAUCGGCUGCCAAAAAUCGAUCUACCGAAGUUUAGCGGAGAUGAAUCGCGCUGGAUCUCAUUCCGUGAUAACUUCAUCUCGAUGAUCCACUGUAACGAGGACAUACCGAUCGUGAACAAGCUGCAGUACCUGUUACAGUCACUGGAAGGAGAAGCGAAGAAACCAUUCGAGUCAGUGGAUAUCCAAGCCGAUAAUUAUUCCUCGACGUGGGAUGCGCUUAAAAAGCGCUACGACAACAAGCGAUUUCUCAGAAAGGAGUUGUUUCGAGGCCUGUACAACCUGCCACCGAUCCAGCAUGAGUCAGCACAAGACCUCAACAUACUGGUAGAUGAUUUCCAGCGACACGUUAAGGCACUGGGGAAAUUGGGUGAACCUAUCGAGCAUUGGGACACUCCGCUCAUCUUUAUCCUGACGAAUAAGUUAGAUUCGGCGACGAUUCGUGCAUGGGAGCAAGAUACUCGACAGAAGGAUGAGGUGAAAUACGACGAGCUCAUCGAGUUUCUCAUUCAACAAGUCCGGAUGUUGAAAUCCAUGGACAGCGAUUUACAGCAUCGUUUCUCAGGCUUCACCGUUUCCAAGGUGGCCGGACAAGCUCCCAUCAAAUCUGUCGUGAACGCAGCUACUUCCGAAACCCAAUUCAGCACUUCUCCAUGCCACUGUUGUUUGAGAACACAUCCCCUUCACCAAUGUCCAGCAUUUUCAAAUCUGUCAAGCUCCCAACGGCGAGAGCUUGUGACACAGCACAGUCUUUGCUGGAAUUGUUUCCGCGCGAACCACCAGGCUAGAACCUGUAAAUCUAAGUUCCUGUGCAGGAUUUGCCAAGCGAAGCACCAUACGAUGCUGCACGACCCAGCAGCACCACCGCAUGAGUUCUCACCCGAGAGAUCACAGCUCACACAAGUGAAUCCAGGUCCGAGCGGUUCACUCAACCCACCAACGAUAAACCUUUCCGUGCGUUCAGAUUCAACCGUUCUCUUGGAGACAGUCUCUCUGUUAGUGGUCGACCGAUACGGCAGAAAGAUUCCAGUACGAGCUCUUCUAGAUUCCGCAGCAAUGUCCAACUUUAUCACCAGGAAGCUGGCGAACGAGCUCGCCACCCAACAAACUCCCGUGGACAUCGCAAUUGCCGGAAUUGGAGAGUCAGUCAAGCGCAUCAGAAAAAAGCUAGCUGCCAAAAUCGUAUCCAGGAACAGCGACUUCUCCACCACACUCGAUUUCCUCGUCAUGAAGAAGCCAACAUCAUAUCUCCCCACAUCCCCGAUUGAUACAACUGCCUGGAGAAUACCAGAGGUUCCAUUGGCGGAUCCUCAGUUCAACGUUCCAGCAACAAUCGACAUGAUCAUCGGUGGAGAAUGUUACCAUGAGUUCCACACGGGCGUACGCCACUCUCUUGGUAAUAAUUCUCCGUUUUUGGUGGACACCCUCUUCGGCUGGACAGUUUCUGGCAAAGUUGAUUCCAGCUCCACCACCGCACUGCGAGCGUGCUUCCUCUCCACCGUUGAUCAAACCCGAGAAAUGAUUCCUGGGGAGUUCCGGCCAAUGGACACCACCGAUGAGAGCCAAAGGAUGGACGUUGAACCCUCCACCACUCAAAUCCACGACGAAGGAUACGUUGCCUGCCAUUCCCGGUCUAAUGAUCCACAAACCACCCUUGGAGAUAACGAAACGAGAGCCACACAUCGAAACUCCACCAGAUAUUCACACCACAGCGAUUCUGUUCAACACUACAAACCACACUGCUAUCUGCCACAUCACCCGGUGCUCAAGGAUGCCAGCAAAACCACCAAUGAAUGCGUGGUAUUCAACGCAUCCUGUGAGCCCAACUCAGGGUACGCGCUCAAGGAUACGCUGCUCGUCGGUUGCGUCGUUCAACACAAUCCGCUGUCCGCCACUCUUUCAAGUGCCGCUAAAAGCAACGACGAAAAAGAAGACGCUGUUGAUGGAUCCAGCUGCUACAUCGAUCCUUUGGCCAAGCAGCCCUCUGGUACCUGCCUGGAGUUAGGUGCACCUCUUCUACCAACGGAAUCGUUCCAGAAACCCCAACGGUCAAAGCCGCCAUCGCAUCGUUGGCGAACUCUUGCUGCUAAGCGCGCACCAGUUGUCGAGAUUGGUGCAGACGGGCACAAUGUGACCAGCAAUCUGUCCAACAUGUUCCAUUUCCCCGAUAAGCGUCAGCACUGCUACGACCACGCAUGGCAAUCCUCAUCCUUGGAAAACUGGCCUUAUUCCACCACCUCGCGGCCACUCGGUCGCUGUACAAGGCUUCAUCCAGGUCGAGAUGGAGUCAUUCAGCCAGCCAAUUCCUUAGACGUCCUAUUGUACCCCGCCAUCAUCGAGAUCCUUCUACAAAGACCGGCAGAGCACGCCGAAUGUGACUCACUGCGCAUGUCGAGCGCUAAUAGAUCACCAACUAUCGUACAUCGUCGCAGCAUCUCAUGGGCCACCAUCGAGAACGGCCAACAACAUCGGUAUCAACAGCAGAGUCUUCAAAGAUCGGUAGAGCACGCCGAACGUUGCUCAACGCGCUUAAAGGGCGCUAACAGAUUCUGCACCAGUGCCGAUGUUGCGACUAAGUUCUUCGAUGUGCGACGUGUCAACCGUAUCUUCUGGUCCAACCGAAUGAGUUUUCAGCCGAGUGAUCACCCGGGUCCCAUUAUCAAUCCCUAG